CGUACCGCUGUUAAGCGAUGCGGCCAACCAUCAAGGGUAUCAAAGAUGUCUCGCGUACCUGUUAUGUUGCCGUCAACGGUUUCUUUUUAUUGUCUAAGUACCGAUCGUUCAAGAAUGUUCAGUAUAAAGUCUGGCCAGUUCGUCAGGUAGUCAUCAUUUGGGAUUUCAUCCAUCAACCAGUCAACACCAGUUUCGUUCUGCAGUAUAUACCUCAAGAUGUCUACCUUCAGUUCUCUCUUCUUUCAAGAAAACAAGCCAGUCUUCGAGAUGCCUGUCACAGAGCCAAGAGAGUUUGAUCGCUUCCAUGACUACCUCGGCCUAGCCCAGCUCAUCACCAAGACCAGCGUAGCUUCUCCAAGGCCUGCCUCCGUCACGGAGUCAUCCGAAGAUCAGUUCAUCAGACUCCAGACGUCAGCCAUGGAGCCGGACCAGCAGACCAGCAUCAUCGACAGCGGGUCAACCAACGGGUUUCGUCCCUUCACCAUGGACGAGCUGUCCCGUGAGACCGGUCCAUCUCGACGUGGCAAUCGGUGGAUGGUUCUCAAGCCAACUUGUUGUGUCUUCUGCAAGAACAACGGCGAGAGCGAAGCCGUCUACACCUCACACAUCCUCAAGAACAGCCUUGACAAGGUGGUCUGUCCUAGGCUACGGGCUUACAUCUGUCCACUGUGUGGAACCAGCGGAGAUGAGGCACAUACCAUCAAGUACUGUCCAACCAAUCUGGGCAGCUUGCAGCCAGCUCCGUCCAAGUCAAGACCCAGCAAUCUCGGCAUGUUCAUCAGCAGCAGACUCCUGCCGUCAGCAGGGAACCGAGUUUCCGUAUGACCAUCGCAAGGAGAACCUCUAAAAGCAAACAGAAACGGCUCUUUUCAGAGCCAACACACAUUCCAAAAAGAGAUAUAGUU